UGACUCUCCCCAGGUAUGUCGGGGGUCCCUGACUGCUGCAUCUGUCUGAGGGGACUCACCCGGCCCGUCAGCCUCCCCUGCCACCACGCAUUCUGCCUGGCCUGCAUCGGAGAGUACUGGAGGAUCACUGGCUGCUGCCAGUGCCCCUUGUGCAAGGCACUCUUCCCCACCAGACCCGACCUCAAACCGCCACCGGCGCACCACCCUCUUCCUCCCGUGGAGGGCCGCCCGCCGGAGCCUUUAGAGGCCGGCGAGGUCCCCUGCGACGCGUGUCCGGCCGGCGGACGCGCUACGGCGGCGGUCAUGUCGUGUUUGGUGUGCCUGGCGUCGUACUGCCCGCUGCACCUGGAGCCGCACUACCUCGACGCCGCGCCGCGGCGCCACCGACUGGUCAGCGCCCUGAAGAACUUCGAGGGGCCGUGCCGGCACCACGGGAGGAGCGUGGACCGCUUUUGCCGCACCGACCGGACGCGUAUUUGCACGAUGUGCGCCGACACGGACCACCGGGACCACCGCAUCGUACCGCUUUCAAAGGAGGCGGCCCGGGCGAAGAACACCAGGAGGUCGCUGACGCUCCCCACCCGCAGAUCUGGAGGUGAUCUGAUCGAGGUGAAGGGUCUGGAGGAGGCCGGGGGUCUUGGCGAGGCCGAGGGUCUACUCAGAGACCAGGAGCAGGAAACCCUGGACCUCCAGCAGAGAAAGACGGACUUGGAGGAACUUUCUCAAAUGGCAGAUCCUCUGAGUUUUUUACUGGUCUGCUUAAAUCCUUCACUUUCCACUUCCAAGAUAUACCAAUUGUUUAUAAUCACAGACCUACUGAGGAUGGUUACUCAAUUCCUCUUUCUCUUUCCAGAAAUUUCUACAGAAGUGUUAACCGUAAAUACGAGGAAAUGA